AAAAAAACGCAGCUUUAAAUCCACUGCACCGAGGAGGCAGUAAUAUGAGGUGAAGACUAAACCGUCCUUCUUUUCAUUCACAAAGCAGAUUGAGAUGGAGUCGGUGAUCUCUUGUGAUAAGGAGAGAACCAGGAAUUCACAGCACAUUUAAAUAAUAUCAUCUGAACGCGCUUGGCAUUUUUAUAAUCCUAUAUAUAUAAACAAACGUGUUUCAUCAUAGUUUAAGGACUUUGAAUAAGAAUGUAGGAUCCGCGACUUUGGUUGGCUUCAAUUAAUUACGCUGUAAAUAAUUAAUGAAUAUAUUUCAACGUACAUAGUACGGUUGGUAAGAGUUUAUAUAUUUAUUAAAACAUUAUUAUAACACGUGUGACUUGUAUGUAUAAGAGACUAAUGGAUGUAUAUCGCGUGAUUUUGUGGACUGUGACGAUUGUGCUGUGGGUAUGUCCCGAUGGUUGGGCGGAGGACUGCAGGGACGGGACCAAGGCAACGCCAAAUCUCCGGGAGGUAGUUAUAGGCACAUGUGAGCUGUACCAAGCCACCCAUCAGCAAUUCUUCUGUCCAGAUAGUUUCAGGAACUGUAGUGAUACAUGGGAGGCGUUUUCCGAAGCAUUCCGCUAUCAGCCACCAUGUGAGAUCUCCGAGGAACGCUACGAACGUUACGUCAAUCUCACCGCUACUCACGUGCCCAGAGAUAAGGCGUUGUUUUGGGAAAAUGUCUACCCAUUUGUGAUGCGCUUCUCUCAUAGUGGGGUUAGGUAUUACACAGUUUCUGACCUACUGCUUGGAGCAAUAGGAGAUAAACCCGUGUGGUGCGGGUCUGAGGACGCCCCUGGUUUCGGCAGCACGUGUCCGCCCUGGGAGCCGUCUGCCACGUGUCGCCAACACGCGCAGCGCGCCUUCUGGAUAGCAGCCUCACACCGAUACGCCGGAAGCGCCGUUGGCCAAAUCCACGUGAUGCUCAAUGCUUCCAUCACACCCAUUUACAGCAACGAUUCGUAUUUUUCACUGUUCGAGGUGCCUUAUAUUCGACCAGGCUUUGUUGACAAGGUGACGGUCUUGUUGGUCAACGAGAAUCCGCAAGCGGGCAGAAGCAAGUGCGAAGAAGAAAGUUUAGAAAUUCUAGAAAGUCUAUUUAGACAGAAAAAUAUCACCUUUGAAUGCGAGGAGAAUCGCAGGGACAUUGUGUACACAUACUGUCUGGACAACCCAAGUGGCCGGAUAUGCGAACUCCUCCCAACGCCAACUAACACAGCCCCACCGCCGCCCUGGAACAAACUCAUCCAGACACUCUGCCUGCUUGUAACACUUAUAGUGUGCGCCAUGCACUAACUUUUAUUGUGUUUAAUGAGUUUGUAACUGAAUACUGUAAUAUAUUUAUUUUUGAGAUUUCUCAUUGCAAUAAUUUUAUUUCAGUUUUUAAUCUGUUUAGAACUGUAAAAAAACACACUGUAAAUAUUUCACUCCAUUUGUCUUACUUGAUACCAUUUUCCACAAAUCUACAAAACAGAUAAAGUUUCAAGCCCCUUGAAUAGAAUUCACCCAUUUUAUACCCGUUUAUAGAACGGGACGUAUUAUAGGUGCAUAUGCCGUGUACAAGCGCACGCACAGGCCUUCGGUCCUCGUCCAGUAUGUUGUCCGAUCAAGAACUUGUCAGAAUGUGUAUGGGCAGAAUGCCUCCGUCAUGUUCGAUAACCACCCAUGUCACCUGUCAACCCAGAGUUACGACACUUAUCACCAAAUUUGAUAUAUGGGGAUAAUAUUGACAGGGUCACGGACACUACGGACCAUGGACAUUACGGACCAGACAUUACGGACCAGAUUUAGGGACAUUACGGACCAUCUUCAGAAACAUACGGACCAUCAUUUAUAAUGUUUUUAAACAUGUGUUUUUUUCAAUUUAUUCACUCAUUGGUCUUAAAUGUGUUAAUAAAUACUUGAAUAUUAGUGCUCAGUAUGACAAUUAUCUUUAAUGUAACUGAAAACUCCCAUGAAAUUCCAAUGUUAAACAUCAAAGUAUUUUUAAUAAAGUAUUAUAAUAAUUUGAAUAAUAAUGAACAAAAUAUGUGUUUAUCUUAUAAUUGUAAACGUGAAUAUUAAUGUUUUCAUAUGUGAUCGAUUGCUUUCUGAAAUAAACUUGGCCAGUCGCUUCGUGGUCCGUCUUCGGCCACUCUAUCCAUACCAACAACGAUGUCGAGGGUUGGCACGCGAGGCUCAAUCGACGGGCAAAAAAAGGAAACUUGCCU